CGGCGGGCCGGCAGCCACCGAGUUCAAUCAACCACCAUUGUCCGAGGGAAAUGCGGCGGACGGCGGCAUUACUGUCGAGCCACGGCGGCGCCGGCGGCCGCAGCAUCCCGCAGGCGCUCGCCGCUGUGCUCGUCUGCCCCCUCUCCAAGAAGCCUCUCAGGUACUGCGAGGCCAGCGGGUCUCUGGUCAGCGACGCCGUCGGUGUGUCUUUCCCGGUAGUCGAUGGAAUCCCUUGUCUUGUACCAAAAGAUGGAAGGUUGCUCGAUGACCACCAAGAGAAAUCAGAACAAGAUUCAAGCACUGGGGAUUCUUCUGGUUGAAUUCUUGUUUAUGGCAACAGUCAACGAAAUCAUUACACAGUAGCAACAUAUCAUCGGUAAUAAAACCAGAACUCUUGCUCUCCCAGAUUGGUGCUUGUUGUAAACCAUCAUUGCACUGCUGAUGCGGCACCCACUUUAUUUCCCUACGAAAUGAAAGCGGUUACAUCACAUGAUUUCUGUUGUUUUGUCUUCAACAACAGCAAUGAGCAAAAUGAAAGUGUCAAACAACACCUUUUCCGCUUCAU